CUGCUACAUACAGAGGGAGAAAAUUUCAAGAUGCCACGAAAGUCUACCAAACCCGCUGAACCCACGUUGUCCCGUGGCCCUAUCAAGCGUGCCGCUCCGGCGACACCCAGUCGCCAAUCGAAGAGAGCCAAAUCCGGGACCAGGACGUCUUAUGCAGAGCCAGACUCGGAUGAUGACCUGGACAAACCAACCGCAUCGCCAUCUGAUGAGGAUUCAACAGUGCAGUCUGAUUACGAACACGAAAGUGUUGCCGAUUCACCCUCCGAUUCCGAUCAGCUCGAAGCUGCUAGUGAAGAAGACAGCAAGGCAGCGAAGACUCUGAGAGGGCGUUCCGCUAAGCGAUCCACACUUCCAAUGCAUACGAAGAAAGAUGGCGGCGAAGAGUUAUGGAAGUCUGGAGCAAAGCUUGAGCUUGGUACCCAAGUAAUCAUCAAGAAGCCCAAAGCGCGCGACGCGGGCGAUACUCCCUUCACGAACGAGACCAUUCACCCCAACACCAUGCUAUUCCUCAGCGACUUAGCCGCCCACAAUGAUCGUCAAUGGCUGAAAGCACACGACGCCGACUAUCGAACCUCGCUCCAAGACUUCACGACAUUCCUUGAAAGCCUCUCUGAGAAAGUGAUUGAAGCUGACGAAACCAUCCCUGAGCUUCCCGUCAAAGAUAUUAUCUUUCGUAUUUAUCGUGAUGUCAGAUUUUCGAAAGACCAAACCCCCUACAAGACACACUUUUCUGCAGCAUGGAGUCGCACGGGACGAAAAGGACCAUAUGCAGCUUACUACGUACAAAUCCAACCAAAUGGUUCGAGUUUUGUUGGUGGGGGCUUGUGGAUGCCGGAUGCUCGGUCGCUGAGCGCGCUGCGUCAGGACAUUGACAGGAAGCCGCACAAGAUCAAGCGCGUGUUGACAGACGCCAACAUUCGGAAGUCAUUCCUCGGCGGUAUCCCUGAAGAUGAGAAGAAAGCCGUGAAGGCGUUCACGAAUCAGUCUAGUAAUCGAUCGAACGCUCUCAAGAAACAUCCAAAGGGAUAUGACUCUGAUCACAAAGACAUCGAUCUCCUGAGACUCCGAAACUUCACGCUCGGUACCAAACUCUCCGACAAUGAAGUUGUAGGGGCUAAUGGUCUGGACCGAAUCGCUGAAAUAAUCGGCUGCAUGGUUCCCUUCAUUACAUACCUCAACAGUGUCGUCAUGCCAGACGAAGAUUCCUCGGACUCGAGCGAGGAAAAUGGUGAGGAGAGCGCUAGCGAGGUGGAUGGCAACGACGCUUGAGGAGGUUAUAUGUCCGCUUGCGGCGUAGCAGAAGCCCAACGCCUCAGCGAAGGUUUCGCUCGCUCACACCGGGAAGUCGUCCAAACAUGUCGGGAUUGGUGGAACGGGAGCGCGGCCAGGACGCAAGCGCCAAUAGACGCCUGCAGCCAAGGGAAGGCGUGUCGGCAGUGGCGCUGACUGGAAAGCGAAGCGAGGC